AUGUGUAGGCUUAAAAGAUUUAUUAAGCAAUCAUUUGUUGUAAUAUAUAUCACAUUAUUUGUUUUAUUUUUUCAAAAAUGUAUAUUUACCCAUGAACAUUCUGAAAACCCGAAGAAGGAAAAUGACCUUUUUAUUGAAGCUUAUGAAGCAUUAGAUAGAGCAGAAUAUAUCAAAUCUUUUGUAAUUUUAAAGCAUUGUGUUCAUUAUGAUAUAAGGUGCUUGACUUUAAUUGGGGUAUUUUAUUACCUCGGAUUGAAACCAGUGGAAAGGGAUCCAAUAACUGCUUUAUAUGCAUGGAAAGUAAGUUCAAAUUAUGGAAGUUCGGAUGCUCAAUUUUAUUUAGCUAUUAUGUAUUCAAACUAUUUUUCACUACCCAACAUAUAUUCUUAUUAUGUUGAUGAAAGUGAAGAACUAGACAUAAUCGAAGAAAAGAAAAUAGAAGGUAUAAAAAAAAAUGUAAUAUUAUUUAGGAGUUAUAUAUUUUUAACUGCCAAAUAUUUAAAGAGUAUAUUAGCAAGUAAUUUAAAUAAAAAAAGCAAAGAAAAAGAUGGAGUACCAAAUGAAAAUGACAAUUCUCAAAGUAUCCCUAAAAUAUAUUUUACUACAGAUAAUAAAAUGAUAAUACGAACAAAAAAUAUUAGAUACAAUAUUGAUGAAUUAGAGGCAUACUUUAACAAUCUAGAAAAUUUCCCUUAUAUUGAUCAUUAUCAAACCAUUAAAAAUAAGAAAAUAUAUUAUGGGUCAAACUAUGGAUUAAGUUUAUUGUAUUAUUAUAGUAGUAGUUUAGCAAAUCAUGCAGGAAGUAUUUUGGCAUUAGGGAAUAGAUAUAUGCAUGGAAGUGGUGUUGAUGAAAGUUGCGAAACAGCAUCUAAAUUAUUUAUAAGAUUAACGAAUGAAAUAUUAAAUUCAAGUAGUGAUGAUAAUAUGAAAUUUGAAUCCAUAGAUUUAAUAAAACUAAGUAUACCACAUUAUGAUAAAUAUAAUGUAAAUAAUAAAAAAAUAAAAAAUAUAGAAAUGUUUUUAGAGUCAUCAUUACAUAAUAAUCAUGCAAUUUUAACUAUGAUAGCUCGACGAUAUUUAACAGGUAGUGAUGGAACAGAUAAAAAUUAUGAGAAAGCUCAUAUGUAUUUACUGAAGGCAGAAAAAUUUAAUAAUUCCGAAGCUAUUUCAUUAUUGGGAUAUAUGUAUAUAUUAGGUUUGGGUGUAAAAAAAGAUUAUAAUAAGGCACUUAAUUAUUUUAUAAAAGGUAAAAAAUUAAAUGAUCCGUUAAGUUAUAACGGUUUAGGAUAUAUGCACUUUUUCGAAUUAGGGCCUAUGAAAAAGUAUAUAGAAAAUGGGAAAAAAAAAAUAAAUCAAGAAUUAGCAUUUUAUUAUUUUGAUUUAGCUGCAAAGAAUAAUUUAUCAGUUGCUCAAUUUAAUUUGGGUUGUUUGUAUUUAAGUGGAGUUGGUACUGUUCAAUCAUUUCAAAAUGCAUUUUAUUGGUUUUACAAAGCUUCAAAUAAUGGAAAUAUUUUAGCAGCAUAUAUGAUUGGGUUUAUGAAUUAUAAUGGGAUAAUUGUAUCUCAUAAUUGUAAUAUGGCUUUAUCUCUUUUAUCAAAAGUUGCUGAAAAAAAUUAUUUUAUUUUAAACACAACUAAAAGAAUUAUAAAAUAUAAUGAAACUGGAAGAACUCGUGAAGCAAUGUUUUUAAUGGCACAGCUUGCUGAAACAGGAAAUGUGCAAGCCCAAAUUAAUUUAGCACAUAGUAUUACUACUUCAGAUUUUUCUCUUUUUUUGCCAACUAAUAGUAAAUCAAAAUAUAUAUAUUCAAGUAGAUAUCUAUCUAUGGCAGCAGAUAGUCAUCAUUUAAAAUCAGUAUUUACUUUAGGGGAUUAUGCGUAUUCAGGUGAUGGGUUAUAUAUCUAUGUUAUUCAAAAAAAUAAUCUUCAAUAUAAUAAUCUUUAUGAUUUAGGGAAUACAGAAUGUUUGUAUAAUUCUGUAGGGGGUGCAGACAGCGAAUGUUUUAAAAAUAAAAAGAUGAAUAGCUUGAGUAGGAAAAGUACAAGUAGCGAUGAAUUAAACAUGGAUGAUAGAAAAAUAAUAUCAAAAGAUUUUGUAGAUGAACAAGGAAUAAUAUUUAAUAAUAAUUGGAGAUUUAGAUAUACAUAUAGAUUUGUAUUUAAUCAAAUUGAUUAUGAAUUAGCUUAUAAACAUUAUAGAGCUAUUAUAUCCUAUUAUCCAAAUAAUCCAUAUGCUAUUCAAACAAUUUCUAGGGCUUGUUAUAAUUUAGGGUUUAUGCAUUAUUAUGGUAUAGGAGUUGCAAAAAAUAUUGAUAAAUCAUUAAUUUAUUUUAAUUCAUCUAUUAAAAUUUAUUCAUCUCAUAAAAUACCAUCUACCUUACUUAUUUUUUAUAUUAAAAUGAAUACUUAUUUGUAUAAAAUAAAAAAACAAUUUAAUAAUUUAAAAAAAAUUUGGUCCCUUUAA